AUCGGGCCUGGCUCAGGGCCGCGCACGUCGUGCGUCCCGGGCGCUCUGGGGAUCCUUGACUGGCGCUGCCGGGAAAUACCAACAGUUUUUCCCACCAUGUUCUUCUCUGCCGCACUCCGGGCCCGGGCGGCUGGCCUCACCGCCCAGUGGGGAAGACAUACAAGGAAUUUGCAUAAGACAGCUGUGCGAAAUGGAGCUGGAGGAGCCUUAUUUGUGCACAGAGAUACUCCUGAGAAUAACCCAGAUACUCCAUUUGAUUUCACACCAGAAAACUAUAAGAGAAUAGAAGCAAUUGUAAAAAACUAUCCAGAAGGGCAUAAAGCAGCAGCUGUGCUUCCAGUCCUGGAUUUAGCCCAAAGGCAGAAUGGAUGGCUGCCCAUCUCUGCUAUGAACAAGGUUGCAGAAGUUUUACAAGUACCUCCAAUGAGAGUCUAUGAAGUGGCAACUUUUUAUACAAUGUAUAAUCGAAAGCCAGUUGGAAAGUAUCACAUUCAGGUCUGCACUACUACACCUUGCAUGCUUCGAAACUCAGACAGCAUACUGGAAGCCAUUCAGAAAAAGCUUGGAAUAAAGGUUGGGGAGACUACACCUGACAAACUUUUCACUGUUAUAGAGGUGGAAUGUUUAGGGGCCUGUGUAAAUGCACCAAUGGUUCAAAUAAAUGACAACUACUAUGAGGAUCUGACACCUAAGGAUAUUGAAGAAAUUAUUGAUGAGCUCAAGGCUGGCAAAACUCCAAAACCUGGGCCAAGGAGUGGACGGUUUUCUUGUGAGCCAGCUGGGGGUCUCACCUCUUUGACUGAACCACCCAAAGGACCUGGGUUUGGUGUGCAAGGAGGCCUUUAAUUUAUAUUGGAUUGUAAAUAUGUCACUUGAAAAUAAAGUAUGAAUCUUCUAUACAUACAUUUUUAAUAUUAUUUGUUCAUUUCAGCCUUUGUACACCUUGGUGGUAACCUAGCAACUUGCACCUCUGUAAGUACCAUGUCAAAACAUCAGAGCUCCAUUUUAAGAUCUUCAGCUAUCUAUGGCUAACUAUGAAGACAUUAUUCCAUAAUCUAGUUAAUAGUAACUCCAAUGCCCCUGUUUUCAACUGCCAGGUCAUUUUUAUCAAUAAUACUAAGUUAUUGUGCCAUAAAAAUUGAAAUUUCAAAUACAUUUUGCUUUUCCAUCUUUAGCCAUAGCCAAGUCUUAACAUGAUCUUUCUAUAAACCUUAUAUAUGUCAGUGUACCCUUUAAGUAUUUUUAUAUUUAUAGCACUCAGUUGUUACUGUAUAUCCAACUGGUAACUGAUACCACAAGUGGAUUAUAGGUGUAAGUAAGGAGUCAAGAUAGUUGUAUCUAGAUCAUUUGAGUCCUUUAAAAAAAUUUUGCCCAUUUUUCUUGAGAAUUCUGUCAUAUUUAACAUUAAAACACUGCUUUUAAUGAUGGUGCCCUGAAUACCUUUUAAAAAUACCUGGCAGGUAAAAUUUCAUUAUAAUGAUCCAAGAUGGUUCCAAAAUGUAAGUGAACACACUGAUUAAAAUUUCCUUGAAAUUUCUAACAGCAGGAGAUGACAACUAUAUCCUGGCCUAUGUGUUUAUCACCACUCACUCCCUCAUUUCUUCUCAGUUCUUAAUGGGGCUGUUUUUUAAAAAGGUAUAUUUGGAGAGGAAAUUUACUUAUUGCCAUUUAAUGGCAGAAAUAAACCAAGAAACCAAUUUUUCAUCCUUCCUAUUGGCAAAAAAUUUAAUGGCUAUUUGGUGAUUGUUUUGUUUUUGAGCUGAUACUGAAAGUUACUAGGGGAAAAGCUACUGAAUCCUCAGAAUUGCUAGCUUUGUAACAAAGGGGCCAUUGCUCCAGAUAAUUCUUAAGAGCACGUGAUAAUAGUUGUUAGAGUAUUCACUGCAAAGACCUUACAUCUGUAUAGAUUAAGUCAUAUAAUAAACUAUGUUUUGAGAUUAUAUU